AUGGCCGAUCCCUACAACCCGUACACUUCAUACUCAACGCCCACGCCGGGCGGGGUCGGCUACUAUCCACCAGAGGAGCAGACCCAUUUUCAGGAGCAUCAGCAGCAGCCUGGCUAUCAACCUCAGCAACCAUAUGGUAAUGCAGAACCACAAGCAAAUCCAAUCUACGGAUAUGCUCCGCAUCCGAGCACAAGUCCAAGUCCCUAUCACCUCGCCCCGGAGGCCUAUCAAGGCGGCGCGCAGGAGAGAAGUUACACACCCGUAGGGCAACCACAUUACCUCGGUCCGGUCACGACUGCAGUAAUGCCACCUGGAAGUGAAGGCAAAGUACCAGAGAAUUUGGGUUACUAUGGCCAUCCCGCCGACCAACCACGAUACACUCCAUCAGCCAGUCCUCGCCCUCCAUCAGUCCAUGUGUCCGAUGCAGACAAACAACAUCAUCGCAGUGACGAGAAUCGUCCGUUAGACGAAGACGUCGACGCUGGGGGUGAACGUGGAAUCGGGAGCUCCCUUGCCGGCGGGGCCGCGGGAUAUUAUUUCGGACAUAAGAAGGAUCACGGUCUUCUGGGUGCGAUUGGCGGUGCUAUCGUGGGUAAUUUCCUUGAAGAUAAAUUGAAGGAUAAGGGUGGUCGACAUUCACAUGGGCAUCAUCAUGAGCAUGGGAGUGGUCAUCAUCACCAUCACCAUCAUCAUCGGCAUAGUCGGAGUCGGAGUCACUCGCGGCAUCGGGGGGAGGAUGAUUAUUGA